AUGGUUGCCCUGGAAGUUGAAUGCAUUCAAAGCAAGCAUGCCAUCUCAGAUGAGGACUUCACCACCUUCCUUCAAGAGGAGAAGGAGUACCUGGUCCAGCUAGACUCUGAACCCAAAGAUGACGUGCUUGUGUUCAGAUAUCUGGAGACCCUCAAGCUCUUGAAGGCAGAAGAGAUCAAGCUCAACAACACUGAGCUUGAUGCUUUCCAGUCCUUGUCCAGCCCAGACUCCUUGAACAACAUCUUGGACCAAGUAUGGCAGCAGGCCCAUCAGCACAAUUUCCUGCUUGUCAUCAACACUAUUCACCAGCUCAAAACCCUAGCCAUGAUGUACAAAAACCAGCUCCAGACCAAGCACUGGACACCCAACAGUGAAGAAUGGCAGAGGGCUGAGCAUGAUCUGAGUUUGUGGGUGUACAACAAAGCCCUCAACCAUGUUGAGGCACUGGUUAUCCAACAAACUCUGGCAUUGCUGAUAUGCCUUGAAGGAUAUUUGAUGUGUACACAUCUAGCCAAGGCAUUACAGGAGCGAAGUGAGGUGAUUCGCACAGCGCUACAGCGCUACAACACCCUAGCUCACCAGAUCAACCCCCCAUGGGCCAUGUUAUCUUUCCAGGAAGUCAUCAACUACAGCUUCUUGUCCGACCAGCAUUGGUUGGAUCCUUUCAUGUGGGAGACAACCAUCAAGUGGCUUCUUGUGCGCUGUGCCAGGAACAAGAUCAAGUGCCUCAAUAUCAAGAUACAUUGCAUCUGGACAGCCCUCCACAACAAACCCAGGGCCAUGCUCCAAUCAAUAUGCCAAGUCAAGAAGAGUCAAGAUCUUGCCCUGGCCUUGGCUAUGUCAGCUGCCCUCCUGAGAUGGACACAAGUAGACUGCUGUCUCCACUCAUGCAUCCAGCAGGUGUUCACAAUGCCUGGGUUCUUGGGCUUGUGCAUGACAGGGAAACAUGUCAGAGCAGCUGCAGUGGCCAAUCUGAGCACUACCACUUCCCCCAGAGGAGGCACUGAUGCAGAGGAACUAGAACUAGAACUAGAACUAGAACUAGAACUAGAACUAGAACUAGAACUAGAACUAGACCUGAAGGACACAGAGGCAGAGGGAUUGGAUGCAGAGCAGCUGGAAGAGUUCAAUAGACUGGCACAGGCACUCAACGGCAUGGCUGUGGAAGUGCUGCAGUCCAAUAGUCCUCCAUAG